AUGGAUUGCGAAACCACUGUUCUUGACAGUGUCGACGCAGUUCGCGCGUACAUUGAUAAGUGCUUUUCAAAUAGCUCCCUCAAGGAGAAUUACCGUAAAGUUUUCGAGGAGCACAUAGAAAAGGUUAAUUCGAAUUCGGCUUGGCUGAAUUCUAUUCUUGUCGGAUUAACUUUCGUCUACAUCCUCAUGAUAUGCAUUGGCUUCACGGGAAAUAUUCUUGUGAUAGUCGUUGUCAUUUGCAACCGCGCGAUGCGUGUCAGUCCACGGAAUCUAUUCAUUUUCAAUCUGGCAGUUUCAGAUCUUGUCCUUUGUAUCUUUACACAGCCUCUCAAUCUCUACCGGAUUCUUUCCACUAGAUACGGCUGGCAACUUGGCCUUCCAAUGUGCAAACUCUCCUCCAUGGUUCAGGCAGCAAACGUUUACGUUUCCUCAAUGAGCAUCACUGCGAUAGCCUUAGAUAGAUUUCGGCUAAUUAUGAACCCAUCGCGACAGGAUAUCAACGUCAAGACAGUCUACGCGAUCAUAUGUUUUCUUUGGCUGCUGGCGUUCGUGUUGUCAACGCCUGUUGGAGUAUUUGCGGGAGUAUCCACUGCUAACGGGCGUCCAACGUGCUCCGAAACAACGCUGGAUUACAGGAUGCGUAUCACGAAACUCGUUUAUUCUGUCUUAGGAAUGAUUCUACUCUACGGCACACCUGUUACCCUUGUCAGCAUAGCCUAUGCUCAAAUUUGCAUCUUGGUUCAUAAGAGAAUCAAGAAGAAACCGCGCCAUUCUCAGCUCUGUCCGUUGGGUGGCAAAUUAUUGCACGUCCAUCGGGAGAACACUGAUUUUUCAGGCGUUCAGGAGAGUUCACCAAAACGUCCCAUGCCCACAGCACGUGUGUCCGAUGUUGGUCCGGUGUGCCCCUAUUUUCUGCAAAGAAAGCUCACCGACGAUGCCGCAAAUGCGGGCAUCUAUGGAAACCGGAUGUAUAGCUCACAGCGUCGUCCCAGCAGGCAUCGGAGGACCAGUUUCUUGCUAGCUAGUGUUGCAAUCUUUUUUGCUAUUAGCUGGCUCCCCUUAAAUAUCGUGAACCUCCUGCUCGAUCUACGGGAGCUUAACUUUGAGGUACUCUCAGUUAACCACUCCACUGGGUGGGAGGAUAUGGCUCCGUCUCUGCCAGUUGCAACGCCUUUUGUUCCCGGAAGCCGCUCCGAUGAUUAUCUGAGUCUUCCUGGAGAAACGGUUUUAAUUAUUCAGGCGGUUUGUCUUUUGUUCGUUCUAAUAUCCGCCUGCAUAAAUCCCAUGCUCUAUGGAUGGCUAAAUGAAAACUUUCGGCGCAGGUUCAAACAACUCUUGCGAUGUUCUUACAAAAAACGAUAUUUAGUAGAGGGUGAAGCACAAAAGCGCAAAACGUGGCAAGUCAGCAAGAAGCGCAGUCCAUACGCUCUUUGGCCUAGGGCAUGGCGUCGUAAGUGCGAUCGACGUCAAACAUCAGGCCAAUUGUCGGCUUCCACCUAUCACCCCACAAGUCCGAAGACUAGUUCUGCUCCAGAUGCGACACGUCGAAGUCAUUCACUCGAUCUUAUCGCCGGUAAGUCUUCCAUGCGUCUCAGCGGUGGAGGAGGAGGAGCAUCACCUUUCGCCAUGGGGUCCAACUUAGCGCCUGGUGUCCUCCUUGAGACCGACAUCGAUGCCAAAUGA